AUGACGUCACAGACCCUGGUUGGGAGGAACACCUGCAGAUGGCGUCAUGGACCCUGGUGGGGGAGGAACACCUGCAGAUGGCGUCACGGACCCUGGUUCGGGAGGAGGAACACCUUCAGAUGGCGUGACGGACCCUGUUGGGGGCGGAACACCUGCAGAUGGCGUGACGGACCCUGGUGGGGAGGAGGAACACCUGCAGAUGGCGUCACGGACCCUGGUGGGGGAGGAACACCUGCAGAUGGCGUGACGGACCCUGGUGGGGGAGGAACACCUGCAGAUGACGUCACGGACCCUGGUGGGGGAGGAACACCUGCAGAUGGCGUGACUGACCCUGGUAGUGGAGGAACACCUACAGAUGGCGUGACGGACCCUGGUGGGGGAGGAACACCUACAGAUGGCGUCACAGACCCUGGUAGGAGAGGAACACCUACAGAUGGCGUCACAGACCCUGGUAGGGGAGGAACACCUACAGAUGGCGUGACGGACCCUGGUGGGGGAGGAACACCUACAGAUGGCGUGACGGACCCUGGUGGGGGAGGAACACCUACAGAUGGCGUCACAGACCCUGGUAGGAGAGGAACACCUACAGAUGGCGUCACAGACCCUGGUAGGAGAGGAACACCUACAGAUGGCGUCACAGACCCUGGUAGGGGAGGAACACCUACAGAUGGCGUCACAGACCCUGGUAGGGGAGUAACACCUACAGAUGGCGUCACGGACCCUUACAAGGAGUAG